UUUCAGUUUUUCUAAACCAUUCAAACACACAACAUCUACUUUUAUACGAGUUCGAGUAAAUAAAUAAAGUUCAAAAUUUACAUUCCAAAAUAUCGGCACUGAAAGUUGUUAAAAAUUUUACAUUCCCGAAAAACUUUAUUCGCCAAAAUGGAUGAUUGCCUACCUGGACCAUCAAGAAAAUAUCUAUGCAAAAUGGAGAAAGUGAAGACGCUCGAUCCCAUUCCGAGCUGCCCAGAAUUCCCCAGACCUAGGGGUCCAAUGCGAAGGAUUAGCCCGGACAAUGAUGAGCCUGCUUAUGAUGACUAUGAUGAUGAUGAUGAUGAGAUCGAAGUCCCCAGAGUGCGUAGGGUCAAGCGCACGGUGAAGAACAACAAGCUCGUAAUACCCAAGGGCAGGAAGCGUCCCAACACCAAGGUCGCUGUGAAGAAGAAGCGUGCUGCAGCCACCAAGAAAACUGGUCAAGGGAAGACCGUUGACAUCCCAGGGUCCGAUAAGAAACAAUCCACCGAAGAUCCAAAGCCCGAAGGUAGUAACAGCUGGCUCUUCUGGAAGAGGUGGUUCUGCAACGAUCCUUAAGCCAAAUCAAAUCAACGAGCAGGUAUCUCCAGAGGAAUAAGUAAUGAUCUAAUACAAGUACCACUUCUAUAACAAGGAUUUUAAAUAUCUUGAAUAACACCUUUUUAUCAUGUGAAAUCUCAAAUUUAAGGAGCCGCACUCGGCACUUUCGGCCUUUCGACAAAUUGCAUAAUAAACACGCUGCCAGCGGAGCCUUGAAGAAGGAUGCUCGGGGCCAGGUCCAUUAUGCACCUGCAGAUGGCCAAAAACUUUA